AAAAAGCCAAGUCGUUAUCUAUCUGUAAGAAAUAUAUGGAGUAGACACCAGGAAGACGCGCUACUCGGCCAGAAUCCCGCGACGAGCUGAAGGACAAUGAAACUGAAAAACAAGUGAAAGAAAUGUUGGACAUCUUUCCGGAUGAAAAUGGAGCUCAUGUCCAAUCUCGACCUUCAGCAUAUUUUCAGUCCAAUAUUUACAUAAUAGACUUGGAAACGAAUGCACCACACACAAUAUCAAAGUUCGGAACAAACCCCCAAGAUUCAAGCCUUUCGCUGGCCGAGACCGAUGUAUUAGAAGAGGAUGGCUACAUAAACAUGGUUCGCCAAUUAUCCAUGCCGCACCUCAAACCCGUGUUACAGACUAAAGCCGGGAAACUAUCAAAUGGACGGGGAAUUUGCUAUGACCUCUCAACUGUUUUACAUAAACGGCCUGGAAUGCUUACUGAACGAGCGAAGAAUCGCAAUAAUUGUCGGAGGAUUAAUCUUUCGCAACUUCUGCCUCCGUCGGGCCUCCGCAGUCGAUUCCUCCUGUUUUCGGGUUUGUCGCCUGUUGUUAUCAAUGGGUUAGGCUCUGCCUUUUGGAUGAACCCGGAAUUCUUUGAGAUACACCUGAAUAGUUCCAAAUCUUCCAGUUUACUCCAUGACUACAAACAAUCCAGUACGCAGAAUACGCAUUGCAUCAAAAAGUCAUUGGCGUCCAUGAGAUGGUUCCGUUCGGUAACAGACCCAGCAUUUGAUCCACCUAUCGAUAAACAGCAGGAAGGCUAUUUUUGUGGUAUCCUCUCUAAAUUUGGUCUUUGGGGACGUCUUCCUACGUUUGAAGCAUAUAUUUAUCCCCUUGUUAAUCUUUUUCGGCGGAGAAUUCACAUCCUAGUCAAUGUCGACGAUUCAUAUGAAGCAGGAGACCAUGAAUCGGGUUUCAUAAGCGCAUGGGAGGAGAGAAUUACGGUUUACUGUGCAAAGGAGAACGACUGUCCCGCUGUUGUCAUUAUUCUUCUAGACCCUCGACCAGACGGGUCCCAAAGUUCUGAAACAGAGGGAGUUCAACACGAUAACAAAAGCGACAGCCAAACUAAGCACGAGACUGCCGAAUGGAUUGAAGAGACAUGUUCAAUAACUCGACCUCCAAGAGAUUUAUUGAAUAACAUUUUCGAUGGGACUCCUCUGACAGCGACGAAAAUUGAGAACCUCGUCCCGUUUUCCAUCCCUUUACCAAAGGAAACCUUGGAAAGGCUCGAAAUCUGCCUAUAUAAUUCAGAUGGCUUAGACUCCGGUAUGAGCCUCAUGAAAGAGCUCAUGCAAAUAAUCCGUCUGGAUACGGUUGAAUUCCUCCAAUCUGUCCGUGAUCUUCUUCUCCAGAUCCAAAGAAGCUCCAUUGAGACCAAAGUUUCAAAUAAACAAUUAAGAUACUGGAGAAAUCAGCUGAGGAACUUGAGUGUGCAGCUUCACACCAUGCAAAUCGAAUUGUGCGAGUUUGAAGAUACACUCAAGUUAAUACAUUCGUGCCAUGGGGGAACUCUAUCUACUCCUAUCUCCAAAUCAGACCUACUUCGUACUAUAGAGUUGGUAGAUCGAACCUCAACUGCCAUUCAAUCUGAUUUGCAAUUCUCACAAUAUGGAGGAAUCCUGGGGAGGCUUGGAAUUGUCAUCACCGGCAUUUCUUUCAUCGCCCCCGUUUCCCGAAUUCAGAUAAACGGAGUCCAGAGCUUUUUCUCGUAUCGAACAAUGUUCAUCACAGCACUGAUUGUGGGCGCUAUAGCAGGCAUGGCCGGUUUGAUCUUCUAUGGUUCCACGAUAAUACACAUUAUAGAAGAGCGAUAUGAAUUUAUCAGAUGGGACGAGCCGAGGCGUUUAGUCGGGCGGGGCUACAUUUCAAUGCGACGUAAUACAAGAAAGCCUCUACGUUCGGCGAUAGAACUGGGACAAACUGUUCCGAUUGUCGUCCUCCUGAUAGUGAUCAUAUGGCCGAGGAACGGCUUUCUGGCCCUCCUUUAUGUGGUCUUGUUUAUUUUCAUUAUGUUCGCGAUUGGCUGGAGUAUGGUGAUGUCAGAUGCGACCAAAUCGAGAGGGGAGAAAUCUAAAAAGAAGGGAAAACGUACACCAGCCAAGGAAAAAGUCCAAACUGCAGAUAUUUCUUCGAUUGGUUCAAAAAUUCCAGAAACAUCCAAACCCAAAAAAAGAAGUGGAGUCUUAAAAAUGAUGGGCACUGGGCUUUUUGUUUUUCUGACUGGUCACAAACGAAAAAGGACAGUGCCGUAUCAUAGGAGAAUGGAUCUUGAAACGCUGGCAGAAGAGACUACGAGCGAAGAAGAUAUCGCAAGUGGAGAAGAUGCUAGAUUUGCAAGUAGGUCGAAGAACAGUACUCAUGGAUCAAUACUCGACAGAACGUCAAGAAACAGGACCUUGGUGAUAGGCGAUUAGCUUGUUUAUUCAGGAUCUCGCGGAGGGUAUGCUGAUAGAGCAGCUUGACUUCCGGCCGGAGGCGCUGCUACUAUAGGAUAU